CAACCAACCAAGCGAACCAAAUCCACCACCCAAACCCCCGCACCAUGAAUCGCGACGAAUUUGGCGAGAAGAAGAAGCCCGUCUUCCUCAGCAAAGCAGAGCGAGAACAACUCGCCCUCAAACGUCGCCAAGAAGAAUUCGAACAACAAAAGCGCCGAUCCGAACAAUCAAACCCUAACCCCUCAUCCUCCAACCCCCCACCCUCCGCCGACGACUCCUCCCGCCACCACCGCUCCGACCGUGACCGCCGUGAUAGAGACAGAGAACGUGACAGAGAACGAGAUUCUGAACGACGAAAUCGCGACAGAGAACGUGAAGAAGAGCACAAAGCCAGAGAAAAAGCGAGAUUAGAGAAGCUUGCAGAGCGAGAACGUGAAAAGGAACUCGAAGCGAUUAAAGAGCAGUAUUUAGGAUCGAAGAAGCCAAAGAAACGAGUGAUUAAACCCAGCGAGAAGUUCCGGUUUUCGUUCGAUUGGGAGAACACGAAGGAUACGUCCAGGGAUACGAAUAUUCUGUACCAGAACCCGCACGAGGCGAGGCUGUUAUUUGGGAGAGGUUUUGGGGCCGGUAUGGACCGUAGGGAGCAGAAGAAGCUGGCUGCGAAGAAUGAGAAGGAGUUGAGGGAUGAAAUUAGGAAGAAGGAUGGGAUAGAGGAGCGCCCCGAGGAGGCUGCGGCACAGCGGUUGAAGGAUGAGGCUGCCGAAAUGUACGAUACGUUUGAUAUGAGAGUUGAUCGGCAUUGGUCAGAGAAGAAGUUUGAAGAAAUGACUGAGAGAGAUUGGAGGAUAUUUCGAGAGGAUUUUAAUAUAUCGUAUAAGGGUUCGAGAAUUCCCAGGCCGAUGAGGAGUUGGGUCGAGAGUAAGUUGAGCUCGGAACUUUUGAAAGCGGUGGAUAGAGCGGGCUACAAGACGCCAUCGCCGAUUCAAAUGGCUGCGAUCCCGCUUGGUCUCCAACAGUGAGAUGUGAUUGGUGUUGCGGAAACGGGGUCAGGUAAAACUGCUGCUUUUGUACUUCCUAUGUUGACUUACAUAACUAGACUUCCUCCGAUUAGCGAGGAAAAUGAGGCGGAGGGGCCUUAUGCGGUUGUUAUGGCGCCUACUAGAGAACUUGCACAGCAGAUUGAGGAAGAAACAGUUAAGUUUGCGCAUUAUUUGGGUAUCAAAGUUGUUUCGAUUGUUUGUGGGCAGUCGAUUGAAGAGCAGGGGUUUAAGAUUAGACAAGGGUGUGAGGUUGUUAUUGCGACGCCUGGACGUCUGAUCGAUUGUUUAGAAAGACGUUAUGCGGUUUUAAACCAGUGUAACUAUGUUGUUCUUGAUGAAGCGGAUCGUAUGAUUGAUAUGGGUUUUGAACCACAAGUUGUGGGUGUUCUUGAUGCGAUGCCGUCGAGCAACUUUAAACCCGAAAAUGAAGAUGAGGAGCUUGACGAGAAGAGGAUAUAUAGAACGACUUAUAUGUUUAGUGCAACUAUGCCUCCAGCUGUUGAUGAGAGGCUAGCUAGAAAGUACUUGAGAAACCCUGUUGUUGUGACUAUCGGAACUGCGGGAAAAGCGACUGAUCUCAUUACGCAACACGUUAUCAUGGUUAAAGAAUCUGAAAAAAUGCCUAGGUUACAGAAGCUGUUGGAUGAUCUGGUAGACAAGACUGCAAUUGUGUUCAUAAACACUAAAAAGUCUGCUGAUUUUGUGUCGAAAACGUUGGAAAAAGCAGGUUACCGGGUGACAAGUUUCUAAAUUUAUUAGUUGAAGGGUACAACAUAUUUUGUAUUUUCUUUCUUUUAUUGGAGGUUUAACUUGAACUCA